AUGGCUCACUUCAUCCCCCUGCCUAAACUCCACUCGGCCAAAGAGACAGCCGAACUCAUCACCGUCCAUGUUUUCCACCUACAUGGGAUCCCGACCUUCAUCCGCCGCUGCCGCCAGACCUGGACGAAGGCCCGAGCAGCCUUGCUCCGGUCGGCUGACAGAUACUCAACUGCCGCCAACCGACCCCGCACUCCAGCCCCCGUCUACCAAGUGGGGGAUAAGGUGUGGUUGUCGACCCGAGAUCUACCCCUGCGGGUAGAAUCCAAGAAGUUGGGACCCAAGUUCAUCGGUCCCUUUGAGGUUGAGAAGGUCAUCAACCCGGCGGCAGAGGACCUGUCUACACCAUCCAUCGCCUGCUUCAUUCUCGCCGCUGGGGCCGGGGCAUUCAAUACCUGGUGGACUGGGAAGGAUACGGUCCUGAGGAGAGGUCAUGGGUUCCUGCUCGUCACAUUUAUCAACAGCACCCGGACCAGCCCUCCAGGAGAAAGACCCCUGCCAGAAACACUCAAGAGGCUCCCGAGUCAGACAGUGAGGCCUCGUCGUCCAGGCCCGAGGAACCCUUCCUCCAGAACCCCUCCACCCACCCGACUGAAGUUCCGGACUCUGCGGCCUCGGAGGAGCUCUGCUUUGCGGCGUCGCUGGCUAGUGGUCCAACUCCUGAUGCAGGUCUGGCUGGCGGCAAAUCCAUCUUUGAGUGAGCGCCCGUGCCCGAAGAGCUGUCGCUGUGAUGGAAAAAUUGUCUAUUGUGAGUCAAGCGCCUUUCGCGAUGUCCCUAAGAACCUCUCAGGAGGCUGUGAAGGCCUGUCUUUACGGUACAACAGCCUCGCCAGUCUUCGUGCAGGCCAGUUUGUGGGCCUCAACCACCUCAUCUGGCUCUACUUGGACCACAAUUACAUUGCCACUGUGGAUGGAAUGGCUUUUCAGGGAGUCCGCAGGCUCAAAGAGCUGAUCCUGAGUUCCAAUAAGAUCACGUCCCUCCACAACACCACAUUCCACCCUGUCCCCAAUUUGCGUAAUCUGGACCUGUCGUACAACAAGCUGCAAGCCUUGCAGCCUGGGCAGUUCCAAGGCCUACGGAAGCUUCUCAGCCUUCACAUACGCUCGAAUUCUCUAAAAACCGUCCCAGUGCGCCUGUUCCAAGAUUGCAGAAAUCUUGAGUUCCUGGAUCUGGGUUACAACCGCUUGCGCAGUAUCACUCGGAAUGCAUUUUCAGGCCUAGUCAAGCUCACUGAGCUGCAUUUGGAGCAUAACCAGUUCUCAAAGAUCAAUUUCUCUCACUUCCCUCGCCUCUAUAAUCUGCGGGCACUUUACUUGCAGUGGAAUCGAAUUCGCUCAAUGAACCAGGGCCUAACCUGGACCUGGGCCUCCAUCCAAAAACUAGAUCUGUCCGGAAAUGAUCUGAUGGAAGUGGAUGCUGUUGUUUACCAAUGCCUACCUAACCUGCAGACCCUCAAUCUGGACUCCAACAAGCUGACCAAUGUCUCCCAGGAGGUUGUUGAUGCCUGGAUCUCUUUGACUACGAUAAGCUUAGCUGGGAAUGUAUGGGACUGUGGCCCUGCCAUCUGUCCUCUGGUGGCCUGGCUGAGAAACUUCAGAGGGGCAAAGGAGACCACGAUGAUCUGCGCCUCCCCCAAGAAAGCCCAGGGUGAGAAAGUAAUGGAUGCUGUCGAAGCUUUUGGUGUUUGUCAAUCAAACCAAGCGACAACGCUCACUGUGAGUAUCCCUCCAACCUCAUCUAGAGUCCCAGUUCAGACUGAACGCCACCCGGCCAUUCUGGCUUCACCUACUGGUUCUGGAAAGAGAGGAGAGGGAUCUAUCAGGGGUCCCACAUUGUCAGCCGUUACCCCACCUGUGGCACUUCCCCCAGAGCAAGACUUGGAGCCUGUGUCCUUCCACAAGAUUGUGGCUGGUAGCGUUGCCCUUUUUCUAUCUGUUGCGAUGAUCCUGUUGGUAAUCUACGUGUCUUGGAAGCGCUAUCCUAGCAGUGUCAAGCAGCUGCAGGAGCAUUCGGCAGCAGCCCGCAAACGCCGCAAGAAGGCUAGAGAGACGGAGCGCACCCUGAGCUCUCCACUUCAGGAGUACUAUGUGGACUACAAGCCCACCAACUCUGAGGCCAUGGAUGUGCUUGUGAAUGGAACCGGACCCUGCACCUAUACCAUCUCAGGCUCCCGAGAAUGCGAGGUCCCCCACCAGUUGGGUGCGCUGACCUUCUACCGCUAUGAGCAGCCUAUCGUGGACUACUGCCAGGCCCAUCAACCCCUGCGGCUCAACAUGGGCUACGAGGGACCCCCACAGGGCCUAGAGGGCCUGGAGGACUUGGGGCCGUGCGAUAGGGGCACCAUACAGACAGUUGCGCUGCCGGCCGUGCCCUCCACUGCCAGCAUAGGUGCCCCCAUGCCGGGACCUCGAUCUCCUCCGCCGCCCCUCAGACCACCGACUGAUGGUCCCAGCGGCGGUCCUUACCCCACCGCCGAACGCACCGGCACACUCAAAUUCGGACGCUAG